AUAAUUUGUUUAAAAUAUUACCGAUAAUUAGUGAAAAAUAAAGUUUAAAUUUCCCCGCCAUUUUUUGCUGAAAGUAGUGUACCACUUUGAUCCAAAGUAAAAACUAAAAAUUUGUUCUAAAGCUCUGCUGCAAACAUUCACAAUAACUGAAAUUCGUAUGUUUUUCGUUUACUCAAUAAAUUAGAAAAAAAAUAAGAAAUAAAUUGUAGAUCAGUGAAUAAAAUUCUCGAAAUGAAGUUAGUAAUAAUUAUCGUUAAAUAAUUAUUCUUUUAUUCUAAAUUCUAUAAAAUAAUUUGAGAAUCAGUCCUAAGAGGUUAUUUAGAUGAUUCAUUUUUGGAUGUAGACUAUGACGAUGAAUUCCGAUUCUGAAAGUCAAGAUAGCGACGAAGGCCGAAGGUUUCGUUUUGAAGCAACGAGAAAAGAUUCACAUUCGAUCAAUCUUGGUUCACAAUGUAGUAAAACAUCACCAUCAAAACUUCAAUCACGUCGAUCGAGGUCGAGAGAUCGAUCGAGGUAUGACCGAAAGGAUGAUAGAUCAAGUUACGAACGUAAAAAAGAAUCUAAGAGUAGUAAAGAUGAAAAAAGAAGCUCGAAAGAUCGAAAAAGUAGAGAAGAAUUAAAGAAAAAAGAUGAUACAAAACAUCGAGAUGAUUCAAGACAUAGACAUGCUCACAAAGACUCCUGGGAACUAGGAAGAAAAAAUUCAAGACCAGGAGACUCGAGGGAUUUAAAAAAUAGAGACAAUAGAAGGAAAAGAUCAAGGGAAAGAUCUUAUGAAAAAAAUCGGGAAUCUGAAAGUCAAAAAAAUAGUGAAAGAAGUGAAAAAAAACAUUCAAAAGAUCGAGAGAAAUCCAGCAGAAGAUCAAAAUUUAGCGAAGAUAAUGUAAAGAGUCGAAUAGAUGUCAAAGAAAAAAAUCCUGAUGAUGAUUUAAGUAAUGUAGAUGAUGACAGAAUUUCAAUAGAAGCGCAAGAUUGUAAAGAAUUAAAUUUAAGUGAUUUCGACAUUGUUUCUGAUGCAGAAGAGAUAUCAGAUUCAUCUAAAGAUGAGAAAAAAUUACGAAAAAGUAGUUCAGACAGUAAGGAUAGAAAAACAAAAAAAACAAAAAGAAGAUCGAGAGAGAAAAAAAUAAAAAGUUCAAAAAAUGGAGAUGAAUCAAGUCUUGACGAUAGUCAUUCUGAUGAUGACGUUCCAGAUGUUUUCAUGAAUAAUGCAUCAACAUCAGCAUCUUUUUCACACAGCUUUCAUGACAGUGAUACGAAAAAUGUACAUUCUAAAGACUCAAGUGAUAAAAUUUCUGAUAAAUCAUACAGCGAUAACGAUAUAGAUGAAAAUGAUGAUAAACUUCAUGAAGAUGAAGAAUGUUAUGGUCCAAGUUUGCCUCCAAGUCUCACGAAAUCAACUCCAACGUGUAGUGAUAAACCAAAAAUCAUUGGACCAUGUUUGCCGGAUAAUUUUUGCAAACAACUUGCUCAAAAAAAUGAUGAAGAUACCGAGGUUUUUGGUCCAUCUUUGCCGGUGAAUACAAAAAAAGCACAAACUAAAAUUAUUGGACCAACACUUCCAGACCAUUUAAGACAUACUUUAGAGAUGGAAUGUGAAGAAAAUAAAAUGGAAAUGAUGGAGAAUGAAGAAGCGGUUGAAGAUGAUAUUUUAGGUCCUCUUCCAGCAGAUCAUCCUGAUAUUGAUAAUGACCAGAUUCAACAGCAAUUGGAAUAUAGAGCUCGACUUAUUAAAAAAGAAUUAGCAAGAAUGGAUUAUAAAGAAGAAAAAAAACGAGAAGAAUGGAUGACUGAACUACCGUCAGUUCAUGCAGUGAAUUUAGGAUUAGGUCCCAGGAAAUUUCGCUCCAGAGAAGCUCCUGACAUGUCAGAUCGGUCUGAGUGGACUGACACUCCUGCUGAUCGUGAGAAGAAACAAAAAGAGAUGCUAAUGGGCAAUAUAAAACCGCAGGAAAAUGAUCGCGAAGAAGAAUUAAUGAAAAAAGGGAAACCAAGUAAAAGAGACGGUGAAUCUCUUCUUGAAAUGCAUCAGAAAAAAAUGCAUAAAAAGAAAAAGAAAGAAGAGAAAAAGGCUAAAAAAGCAGGCACAAGUGUAAGAAGACCUUUUGAUCGUGACGUUGACUUACAAAUUACACAUGUGGAUGAAGCUAAGAAAAGGAGUUUUAUUAUGAAAGCUCAAUCCCUUGAUGAUCGGUUUUCUCGAGGAAAAAUUAAUAAGUGAUAAUUAUCGGAAAGGUAAAAUUGAAAUGUACAUUUUUAACGAUUACAAGAGAAAAUUCAUCCAGUGACAAAAUAUGAAUAAUCAUUUUGAUGAAUUAAAAUUUAAAUACAGUGCCUUGCAAUUCAAUGAUAUAAUUUGACAUUGAAAGUACUUCUAACUAAAACUUCUAAACAGUUUCAAUAUUAAUAAGUACUUUAACUCGACCAGACAAUUAUAUUAUUGCAAUACUAAGCAUUAAAUUAUUCACAUAUGUU